AUGGUAACGAGCGAGUAAUUAGAAACGCAAUAAGGUAGAUAUACGGUAUUAAACAUGGGAGCAAUUUUUCCUAAGUGGAGGAGGAGUCAGAAAUCAAGCAGAGAAGCUCUAGAGGCUCUUGAAACUUCGAUAACAAGCUUGACCCAAAGUAGAAAGAAGUCCCAACAAUGCGAACGAUCCUUUGCCAUAACUCUCAUUAUGGCAUUCCUCCUCUUAUACCCGCUCAUUCUUGUAGUGGGUGUGGUUAUAUGGGUGUGGUUUAAUGAUUUCUUCACUCUAGAAGUAUCAGUAGUGUUUGUCCUACUGGUUGCUUUAUUACCAAUAAUGUUCUACGGGUUUAAGAAACUUAUUAAUAUGUACUUUGCACAUAGACAGACAGAAUACAAUUUGGCUCUACAGAUGCUUCAAGCAGAAAAAAAGAAAGUAUUAGACGAGGUAAUGGAGAAAGAGCCGUACAAAAUAGCUAAGGAAUUAUUAGAAAAGUAUGAGCCAUCACAUCCCACCUUGUCUAAACAAUCACAAGAAGAUAGCAGUUCAAAUGUACGGCGUCGUCUUGUACCUGGUUCUGUUCCUAAUACUCCAAGACCAGCUGGACCUCCCAGUACACCUCAUCCUGCUUUAAGAUUUCAGCAACAGCAGAGGCAGGUGGCCACACCCAUGCGUCUACCAGCUACUCCAGCCUUAGCUUCUCUUCCUCAAGCCACACCCCAAGCUCCUCCCCCAGUAACUAGGGUCCCUGAUAGUUCAAUCAGUGAGAGUGUUGUUCAAAGAAAUGAUGCAACAUUUAUUCCACCUGGUCAUUGUCUUGGUAUAGCUCCUGGUCCUCCUCAACCAGUUCCUAUACUGCCAAGAGAAAGGACUAAUAUUGACAAAGUUGUUGAGUAUAUAUUAGGUGAUGGUCCAAGCAACAGAUAUGCACUUAUAUGCUCCAACUGCAAAUCUCACAAUGGAAUGUCACUGAAAGAAGAGUUUGAAUAUCUAGCAUUUAGGUGUGCAUAUUGCUAUGAGUUUAAUCCUGCUCGUAAAACAAAACCUAACAUUACCACAAGAGUCUCUACUGGUAGUACCCUACCACUAGCAAUAACAGCAGCACCAGGAGCACCUCUUAGUGAAACAAAGACAGGAGGGGAGGGAGAAGAAGAGACAGUACAUGAUAAUAAAAAUGAAGAGAAAGAGAGAGGAGAACAUGAUGCUAAAGACAUUGAAGAAAAUGAAAGUUAAUUUGUAUGUGAGAGGAGAGAUAAGAAUUUACUUAUAGUUAUCUUUAUCUGUUUUUAUUAUCAUAAACAUAGUACUUGAAUAUGUGCAUGGCUA